UUGUAUACGAGUGUGGUUCGCUCGAACCGCGUACCAACAACUGGGUUUCAUACUGUUGUGUGCUCUCUAAUUUAUAAAGAAAGUUACGAUACAGUGUGAGCAUAUAAAUAAAUAAAUAAUAAGACGGUAUAAGUUGAAAUUGUUUAAAUUAGGUGCAGAAAUGGUUUCAAAAGUCACGUGUUUUUUGCUUUUAAGUAUAUUUUUCUGUAUUUUUGGUGCCAAAGCAAACAGUGAUUGUUUGCCACGCCGAACAAAGUACGGUUUGGUGUGCGUCUGCACAGCGUCAUAUUGCGAUUAUUUGGAGAAUCCACAGCCAUCAUCCAAUGAGGCUGUACUCAUCUCAUCAAGCAAGGAGGGUCUACGCUUUGCCGUUAGUAAUUUGAGUUUCAGCGUAGAAAAAAGGAAUGUCAAUACAGAGCUAACAUUGAACACCACCAACGAAGAGCUUCAUAGAUCAGCGGUGAUCGUCGAUAGUGGCCAAGUAUUUGCACAACUUCUGAUCGAUGCGGGCGAGCGUUUAACGUCCAGAUUUUCUUCUAGUAAUUCACUGAAAUUGCAAGUGAAUCGUUCGAUAGAAUAUCAAAAAAUUACUGGGUUUGGUGGCGCUUUCACCGGCAGUGUUUCUUAUUUACUUGGGCAGUUGGGACAGGAUUUGCAGGAUCACAUUUAUAAAUCUUUUUACCACAAAAAUGGCAUUGGCUUCAAUCUUUUGCGUACUCCAAUGGGUGGUAGUGAUUUUGAUCUUGUACCUUGGGCUUAUAAUGAAGAGCCUCGCAAUGAUCCCAAGCUUUCCAACUUUACAAAAUUGGAUCCUCGCGACGAGAUUAAGGUGCAGCAAAUGCAACGGUUGAAAUUAGUCGCCGAACUGGAAAAUUUAAAAAUCAUGGCUGCGGCCUGGGGUUCACCUCCUUGGAUGAAAUCAAACGAGAGAUGGAGCGGUUUAGGGGUGUUGAAGUUAGAAUACUAUCAGACUUGGGCUGACUACCAUUUAAGAUUUAUUGAAUUAAUGGAUGCUAAAAAUAUGCCGAUUUGGGCCAUUUCAACUGGCAAUGAGCCGCUUAACGGUGUCUUUUUCUCCCCUUUCGUGCAUUUUAUGAGUCUUGGAUGGAUCCCACAGAAUCAGGCUGUUUGGUUGAAUGACUACCUUGGACCCACAAUUCGUAAAUCGAAAUUCAAAGAUGUUUUAAUAUUUGGAAACGACGAUCAACGAUAUUCCUUUCCAGUUUGGUUUGAUAAGAUGAAUCGCUCACGUCCCGGUGUGCUUGACUACCUCGAUGGCCUCGCAGUGCAUUGGUAUUGGGAUGCAAUAUUUCCGCCUAGUCAAAUAGAUUUGACAGUUCAAAGAUUGCCUGGAAAGAUCGUAUUGAACACAGAAUCCUGCAUAGGGGAUAAGCCAUGGCAAACUCAUGGUCCCGAACUCGGAUCAUGGGAGCGUGGAGAAAUGUAUGCGCUCGAUUUUCUACAUAACUUGCAACAUUCCUACAAUGGUUGGAUCGAUUGGAAUAUUGUUUUGGAUGAGAAAGGGGGACCAAAUUAUGUUCAAAAUACUGUGGAUGCGCCGGUAAUUGUGAAUGACACAAACCACGCUGAGAUCUACAAACAGCCAAUAUUUUAUGCGAUUGGACACUUUUCGAAAUUUGUGCCUGAAGGUUCGGUGCGCAUUGAGGCGAAGAUACGGAGUGCUCUAGUGGAAGCAGUGGCUUUCAAGAGGCCCGACGAGCGUAUUGCACUGGUGUUGCUUAAUCGAGAUAGUGUACCCGUCGAAGUGCUCCUCAGUGACACCGUACGCGGCGAGAUCGCGAUCGAUAUACCGGCGAAUUCGUGGCACACUAUUGUCUACAAUUAAUUUUGCGCAUUACGUAAACAUUAACACGAAUCAGUCCCUUGUGUCAAUUUGACAACAGCAUCACUUCAUUUCGUGUGAAAAAUGUGAAGCAUAAUUAAUUUUAUUUUUAUUUUGUAUUUACUUUUCAAUGUUCAGUUUUGAAUUGUUUUCUAAAAAUAUGCGGACUUUCCGCUUUUUAAUGCUUAAA